AGCAAUCCUGCAACAGCAGUACUCUCACGUUUGUCUUCAAAGUCACAGUUUCGAAGCUAAGUAUUUGAAAGCGACCACUUACAGAUGGUUUUCUUCUCUGCGAAAUUGUGAGCAUUCAGCGGAACAGAAAUAUUUCCAUAUUUACUUAUUUUUUCUUAUUUUUUUGUUUAUUUUUAUUUUUUCAUUUUAAAGUUUGCCCCCGGCAAGCUGACACUGCAGCUUUGGGGCAUAUCACCUGGAUAUAGAAAGAAGGAUUUUUCCUCCUAUUUUUUUAAAUUAUUUUUUUUUUAACUGCGAGAAGCUGUUCUUUAAUUUUUUCGCAUGAAUCUCCUCGACCCUUACCUGAAGAUGACAGAAGAACAGGAGAAGUGUCACUCUGACGCUCCCAGCCCAAGCAUGUCUGAGGAUUCCGCGGGCUCGCCUUGUCCGUCCGGGUCGGGUUCGGACACUGAAAACACUCGUCCGUCCGACAACCACCUCCUCAUGGGUCAAGACUAUAAGAAGGAAACCGAAGAGGAAAAGUUUCCCGUGUGUAUCAGAGACGCGGUGUCUCAGGUGUUGAAGGGUUACGACUGGACGCUCGUGCCUAUGCCGGUGCGCGUCAACGGCUCGAGUAAAAGCAAACCCCACGUCAAAAGACCCAUGAACGCGUUCAUGGUGUGGGCUCAAGCUGCACGGAGAAAGUUGGCCGAUCAAUACCCACACCUGCACAACGCAGAACUCAGCAAAACCCUGGGCAAACUUUGGAGAUUGCUCAAUGAGGUAGAGAAGCGCCCGUUUGUGGAGGAGGCUGAGCGUUUGCGAGUGCAACAUAAGAAGGAUCACCCCGACUACAAAUAUCAGCCAAGGCGGAGAAAGUCUGUCAAGAACGGGCAAAGCGAACCGGAGGACAACGACCAAACUCAUAUCUCUCCAAAUGCCAUUUUCAAGGCGUUGCAGCAGGCCGACUCCCCGGCUUCAAGUAUGGGCGAGGUGCACUCUCCGGGAGAGCACUCAGGUCAGUCACAGGGUCCACCAACACCCCCAACCACCCCGAAGACAGACCUUCCCUCCAGCAAAGCUGAUCUGAAACGUGAGGGGCGGCCCAUGCAGGAGGGCACUAGCCGCCAGCUCAACAUUGAUUUUGGAGCUGUGGACAUCGGUGAGCUGAGCACUGAUGUCAUCUCCAAUAUAGGAAGCUUCGAUGUUGAUGAGUUUGAUCAGUACCUGCCACCACACAGCCAUGCUGGGGUGAAUGGUGCAGCGCAGGCUGGUUACAGCAGCGGCUACCCUAUCAACAGCUCCUCUGUCGGCCAGCCAGCCAGUGUUGGAGCCCACGCCUGGAUGUCCAAGCAGCAGCAGCAGCAGCAACAGCAGCUCUCUCUGACCACUCUGGGUGGAGGAGGAGAGCAAAGCCAGCAGGGUCAACAGAGAACCACCCAGAUUAAGACGGAGCAGCUGAGCCCCAGCCACUACAGUGAGCAGCAGGGCUCCCCACAGCAUGUCACCUAUGGGUCCUUCAACCUCCAGCACUACAGCACCAAUUCUUACCCCUCCAUCACCAGAUCACAAUAUGACUAUUCAGACCACCAAAGUGGUGCCAACUCCUACUACAGUCACGCAGCUGGCCAAGGCUCAAGCUUGUACUCCACCUUUAGCUACAUGAGCCCCAGCCAGAGGCCGAUGUACACCCCAAUUGCUGACACCACCGGGGUGCCCUCUGUGCCGCAGACCCACAGUCCGCAGCACUGGGAGCAGCCCAUUUACACACAACUUUCCAGGCCCUGAGGAGGCAGCCUGAGCACUGACUAUACAACACAUAUAUCCCAGACUUCUUUCUGCUAGGUGGCCUUUGCACCGUUACGUCACACACCUUUCAUUGCCAACAGAAAAACAUGACAAGAACUUUUUUUUUUAAGGUUCUGAAAAAACACAUCUUUGGAUUGGCUCACAACAGUGCCUUUUGUAUUGGUUUGAAUUGUGAUUAUAUUUUUUUAGAUAUAAUGUUUUAAAAAAAGUAAAAUCCUCUGUGAGGACAUACUGGCUAUAAAUAUAUUAGUAUGUACUGUGUAUGUGUUCUGCUCUUGUCAUUACUAUCAUAUUCAGUGUCAUCAGCACCCUCGUCGUCACGAUUUGAAGGUUUAACAAACGUAACAGAGCAGGAAUGCCGGGUAAAAACACCCUUCAGUGGCCUUACUUCUGACUAAUGUAUUUUUGUACAGGAAGUAAGAAACCGUUUACUGACACUGCCGUCUCAUAAUAGCCUAUAUUCUGCUUUGAACUUUUGUACUGUACAUAUUUUAAUGUAAUUCCAAUGAGAUGCAAGGAUUGAGCGACGCACGUUUGAAAUAGAUUAGAAUUUUUGGCCAUGAUAUGACCGUGUCAUCAGUGAAUUAGUCAAAUAUUCUACUUCUUGUUUGCUUUAGCUCAAAUUUAUUGUGUUGGAAACGCUAUAGCAGGUGCCAUGUAACUCUCCUAAGGGCCUUACUGUGUUGCUAGCUGUAACAGCAAUGCUUGCUUUGUUUUGUUUUCAUUUUGUUUUUUUGCCUUGAAACCAUUGGUGCCUCAAGAGCUACGGCAGUGAGGCUUCGUCCACUUUGAAUUGCAGUGUGAAAACUACAGCAUAGUUCUGACUUCCUGCUUGAUGAGAUACAAGAAGUGACCUUUGACCCCAUUAUUCUCAGCAACCAUCAAGUCUGAGUCCGGUGUGUUUCUAUCAAGCCUUCUGCCUCAACUUUUUUUUUUCCUAACCCUUGUCUUAAUUUAUUCUUUAGCAUUAAUUUUAUUUGAAAAUAACUAUUUGCAAUUGUCGUUUUAAUUCAGCAGCAGCUAGCUGAGGAGAAAUAGGUUGCUGCCAUAUGUGGUACAAAUUUGUUUAUUUAUCAUUUGUAAAUGUUUUCCUUAUAAAAGUUUCUUUUAUUCAUGAUCUAGUUAUGUACAGAAUACUUAUAAUUACACGAGUAAGUAAAAAGAAAAACUGGAAGUCUUUCCUUUUGUCACUCUAUUUCUAACAAAUGUCUAAAUGAAUAUAAAAGCAGCCGUUUUGUAAAGAAUUUGCUGGAAUCAACAUGGUUUUUUUUUUGUUUGUUUGUUUAUCAAAAACAUUGUGUUCCCCAUUUUAUAUUCUGUCUCAUUAGUUCCCAUUUUGUCAUCUUCUUAAUGCAGUUUCCCUAGGUAAACAUGGCAUUUUCUUAAAAGCUUAUCUUUUGUAUUAUAUUUGUUUGCAAUAAAAGCAAAACAGAGAAAUAUGUGGC